AUGGGAGAUGAAGGGGAAGAUGCACUUGGAGAAGGAGAGGAAGAGUCAUUGGGGGAGUACUGGGGGGAGCGCAACGCAGCGGACCAGCGCCACGGGCGGGGAUGGGCGCGGCUGCCCAACGGCGACCUCUACGUGGGGCAGUACGCGCGUGGCAAACGACACGGCGUCGGCAUCUACGUGUUCCGUGGGGGCGCACAGUACCACGGCGACUGGCGGCAGGGUCUCAAGUACGGACAGGGUGUCUUCCACUACCCGGACGGCUCCCGCUACGAGGAUAGCUGUACCGUAGGCGACUGGCGGUACGACGCGCGCCACGGCUACGGCACGUACUACUACCCGAACGGUGACGAGUACGAGGGCACGUGGUACCGCGGCCUGCGCCACGGACUGGGCACCUACGUGUUCGUCGAGUCCGGCACGCGCUUCAUGGGCACCUGGGUGAAGGGCCGCAUGCUGGGGCCCGGCCAGCUGCUCUUCCCGCGGCACCGCUUCCACGGAUCCUUCAAGAACAACACGCCCUUAGGAUCAGGCGCGUACUGGUUCGAGUCCGGCUGCGUGCAGCUGGGCAACUACUUGAUGGCCAGGGACCCUGAGCUGGAGUUCGGGGAAGAAGAACCCGUUCGGCCGCCGCCGACAGGCGAGGGUGCCGAGGAGGAGGAGCAGUGGCCGCCGCGUGGGGAGGUGGCGCUGUGGCGCGCGCACUCGCUCCGCCCCUUCCGGCCAGACAUCAUGCCUCCGGAGCCCGUCUCGCUCACGAUUACGGACUCUCGGGAGUCGAUCCCCGUGGAGGUUCCAGAGGAGCCUGUGGAAGAGGAGCCACCGCUGGAGAUAGACGACCAGCUGUUCAUGCGGUCGCCGCCGCCUGAGGCCGUCGAGCCGGAGGAGAUGGUGCCCGAGGAGGGAUGGCCCUUCGACGAGGAGGACGCUCUUACGCCUGUGUACUCAGGACAGUGGAACGACAUUCAGCAUGAAUUCCGCCUGUCACGAAGGGCACGUGAGGCUGCAUUGGCAGUGAAACCAGGACAAGAAGAAACAGAAGAGGGAAUGGGCGACGAGUUCGCCACAACGUGAAUUGGAAUCACCUUGCAGCACUAGGCUAUCGUAUUUUCUGUAACUCCUUUACAUUUGUUGAUCGUUUAUUUGAGUGACAUUUACAAAUUUAAGGAAUUCGUCACAGAUUCUGCUUAUU